AUGGCGAACGGGUGGUCAGCAGAGAAAAUUUUUGGGGACGUGACGUCCUACACAUAUGAUGAUAUUAUAUGCCUUCCAAGGUACAUAGACUUUCCGUUAAGUGAAAUUGAUUUGUGUAGUAAUUUGACAGAAUAUAUUUCUCUUAAGACACCAAUUAUAUCAUCUCCAAUGGAUACAGUGACAGAACACAAGAUGUCGAUUUCUCUAGCUCUUUGUGGAGGUUUAGGAAUAAUACACAAUAACAUGAGCAUUGAGAAUCAAAUUGAAGAAGUUAAAAAAGUGAAACGGUUUGAAAACGGGUUCAUAUUUGAUCCGUAUACAUUUUCCCCUGAACACACAGUGGCAGAUGUAAUAGAAACGAAAAAUAAAGUUGGAUAUAAAUCAUAUCCUAUAACGGUAGAUGGAAAAGUGGGUUCUAAAUUAGUUGGGAUCAUUACAGGGGUCGAUUAUCUCUAUUUAACAGAUAAAAGUAAACAAAUAAAAGAUAUAAUGACAACAGAUGUAGUCACAGGAAAUUAUCCAAUAAAUUUGUCAGAUGCAAACAAAGUACUAUGUGAAGAAAAAAAAAGUGUUCUUCCUAUUGUUAAUAAUAACUAUGAAUUAAUAGCUCUUGUAUGUAGAAAUGACAUGCAUAAAAAUAAAAUAUUUCCACAUGCAUCUAAAAGUCAAAAUAAGCAGCUAAUUGUAGGUGCAUCAAUUUCAACUAGAGAACAUGAUUUAGAAAGAGCUAAUCAACUAAUUAAAAACAUGAUAGAUGUUAUCUGCAUCGAUUCUUCACAAGGGAAUAGUAUAUACCAAAUUGAAACCAUUAAAAAAAUUAAAGAAGCACAUCCACACUUACCAAUUAUUGGUGGAAAUGUUGUUACUUGUGAUCAAGCCAAAAAUUUAAUUGAUGCAGGUGCAGAUGUACUUCGGAUUGGAAUGGGAAGUGGUUCUAUUUGCACUACCCAAGAUGUAUGUGCUGUAGGAAGGGCUCAAGGGACAGCUGUCUAUCAUGUAAGUAAUUAUGCACAUACAAGAAAUAUUAAAACUAUAGCUGAUGGAGGAAUAAAAAAUUCAGGCAAUAUUGUCAAAGCAUUGUCCUUAGGUGCUGACUUUGUUAUGCUAGGAAAUUUAUUAGCUGCCACAGAAGAAAGUUGUAGUGAUUAUUAUUUUGAAAAUAAUGUUCGUUUAAAAAUUUAUCGAGGAAUGGGUAGUAUGGAAGCUAUGUAUAACAAAGGGUUUAAUUCUAAGGGACGUUAUCUGGUAGAAGAAAGAAAAAAUGAAGGAAAUUGUGAUCACAAUGAAGAAAUAAAAGUAUCUCAAGGGGUUUCAGCUAGCUUAGUCGACAAAGGAUCUGUUUUUAAUUUGAUUCCACAUUUAGUAAAAGCUGUUAAGCAUGGAUUUCAAAGUAUGGGGAUUAGAAACAUACCCGAACUUCACUCCAACCUAUAUACUGGAGAACUCAAGUUUGAUGUAAGAUCCUUUAACACUAUCAAGGAGGGAAGAAUAAGUGAUAACCUCAUAUUCACUAAUAAAAAAUUUACCCCAUGA